AUGCCAAUUGGAAAUCUGGGAAAAGCUACGCCUGUUGCGCUCGGCGAAAUUCAACGCAACCUUCAAGACCAUGGCUCCCGCUCGCCACUAAAGACCAAAGACGAUGGCCGGGGUCGGUCCAAGUCGCCGACCAAGUCUGCGUUCCCGAGCCUCAAGUCUAUGGGGGACAAAUGGAGCUCUAGUCGUGCCACUGCUUCCCGCGAAACAUCUCCCACUAAACCACCAAAGUCCAAAAAGUCGUCCACGAACCUCGCCGGGCUGCUGUCGCGGCCCAAGUCUUUCAUCAAUCUGCAAAGGCCCAGCACCGAAGACUGUCGACCGCGCUCCACUAGCGAUAAGGAGAAUCGAACCCCAGAACCGGCAGCGACACAGCCUCCGCCCAUCUUCGCACAAUUCACAUCGACAAUUGACGACAAAGCGAAAAAGCCCAGGCCACAAUCGUGCUAUCCGUCACUGCAGGCUGCGGCCCCCCUUUCCCCCAACAAUGGUGUGCUCGAGACCUCUCAGGGAGAAACUCAAGGCAGGCCAGUUAGCACUGCUGGGUUCAAUGGCCAUGUCCGUAGUCGUUCCGCUGUCACGGCUGAGCCGCCCAUGGAGCCUGGCGAGAUUGCGGCGCAUCUCGAGGCACUGCUUGAUCGGCGCAACAUUCCGCAGAACCAACGAUACAAGAUGCGCAACCUCAAUGAUACAAUAAAGAUGGAAUUUAUUCGGCAGGAUUGGGCCGAGAUGAAGGCAGGCCAGACCGGUAGCUUGCCUAGGAGUGACAGCAGCAGCAGUACGACUGCUGUGGAGUCUGACGUCGAAGACGACGCCAAUAGCAAACGGGCGCGUGGUAGAAGCCGCGGACGAAGCUUUACGUUCUCGCGAAGCAAGCGAGAUCGGUCCUCCUCCAAGAAGGCCAAGACGGAAGGGACAAUUGGAGGUCGGUUCCGCAGCAAAUCCAGAGAGAGGGAUGGAAACAAUCGUCCUCAAUCUUCGAGCGGUACCGGCUCCAGCGUGCUGUCCAAGAUCAAGUUUUCGCAGGGGCCAAGUGAUUACGUGGCGUAUCUUCGCAAGGUUCAGAAACCAGAGCUGGUGGAGGUGGGCAAGCUGCACAAAUUGCGCCUGCUGCUUCGCAAUGAAACGGUGACCUGGACGGAAGAUUUCAUUCGGCACGGUGGCCUGGAAGAGAUUGUUGGUCUGUUGAACCGCAUUCUGGAGGUUGAAUGGAGAGAGGAGCACGAAGACGCGCUGCUUCACGAAAACCUGCUGUGUCUCAAGGCUCUGUCCACGACGGCACUCGGCAUGGAAUAUCUGCAUACCGUGCAGGCCGACCUCUUGCCCAAGCUUUUGCAUCUCAUCUUUGAUCCCGAGAAAAAGGGCCCCAGCGAAUUCACGACGCGCAACAUCAUCACCUCCAUCCUUCUCAUGUACAUAUCCUCUGCCUCGCCCGCGGAGCGCAUCAUUCGCGCGAAAAAUGUUCUCGGCCACCUGCGCGAUCCGCAGCCCAAGGAGGAGAACCAGCCGCUGCCGUUUUUGGUCGGCAUACACCAGGAGCGGCCUUACCGCGUGUGGUGCAAGGAAGUCGUUUCCGUGACCAAGGAGGUCUUUUGGAUCUUUCUGCACCAGAUCAACGUCAUUGCCGCACCCAAGGACCAGUCACGACCCGGCGACGACAAUAGCGACAACGGCAAUGUCUUUUUUGGCAGCCAAGAUACCACUGCGCCGUACUCGUACAUGCAUCGCCACUUUGCCGCCGAGCGCCCUCCUGUUGCCGCCGCACCCUACGUCGGCGGCGUCGAGUGGGACGCCACAAACUACCUUGCGUCGCACGUCGAUCUCAUCAACGCCAUCGUGGCCUGCUCCGCCACGCGCGACGCGCGCAACGCGCUGCGUGCCCAGCUGCGCAUCUCGGGCUGGGAGCGCUGCAUGGGCGGCAGCCUGCGGCUCUGCAAGGAAAAGUUUUAUGGCAGCGUCCACGCCGCGCUGCGGACGUGGGUCGCCGCCGCGGCCGAGGACGGCUGGGACGUCCGCGAUGUUCGCUUCGGUCCCCCGCCAAACGAGUCGCCCAGCAGGGCCGCGAGCCCGCGCAAGGCAGCCGCCGGGGGUAACAAGUUGGAAGAGGCUCCAAAGCUGGAGAUGCCCCGGUUUGACCUUGGCCUGUGA